CUUCACUUCAUUAUCCUCAAAAAUCGCUAGAGAGUGAACUCAUCUUCUUCUUCCUUCUUCCGCCAUAGCCACAAUGCUUAGUCUCUCAAUUGCUACGCCGGGGACGGCGGCGAUUUUCCGUAUAGGAACUGCUUCGGCGACUUCAACUUCUUCUUCUUUCCAUGGCGUAAGAAUCCAGCACCAGGUUUCUGCUCGCGUGCCCGCGGCGGCGGCGACGGCUUCGUCGACUCGUAAACCGUCGGUGGUGAUGAUGUCGAAAAGAGAGGCGGAAUUGAAAGAGAUAAGAUCGAAGACUACGGAGCAGCUACAAGAGGAGGUUGUUGACCUUAAAGGAGAGCUUUUUAUGCUCCGUCUCCAGAAAUCGGCGAGAAAUGAGUUCAAAUCAAGCGACUUUCGAAAAAUGAAGAAACAAGUAGCGCGGAUGUUGACGGUAAAAAGAGAGAGGGAGAUUAAAGAAGGGAUAAAGAAGAGGUUGUCGAGGAAACUUGACAGGCAGUGGAAGAAAAGCAUUGUACCAAGACCACCUCCUUCUCUAAAGAAGCUGCAAGAGGAAGAAGCUGCAGAAGAAGCAGCUGAAGCUGCCAAAUCUGCUUGAGAAACCACCAUCGAUGUAUUUUCCCUCGAGAUUGUUACUCUCUGUUAUUGUUGCUGCUGAACCUUCUUUAUUUUUGGUGUAAACUUUCCUUGUCAAUUAGUUUGUUAUUUUCAAGAAUCUCUCAAGUUUAAUGUUUAAAUCUUUAUCCAACCUGA